CAGCGGGAUUUCUGUCCGUAAUCCGAGCCGCCGAGGAAGGGGGAGAAGAUGUCCGCCUCGGUGGGCCCUCGGGGCGGCCCGCGCCCACCCGUUGCGCCGGUGUCCAUGCCUGAGCCGGACCUUAGCCAUCUGACUGAGGAAGAGAGGAAGAUAAUCAUGGCCGUGUUAGCUCGACAGAAGGAGGAGGAGGAGAAGGAAGAGGCCAUGUUAAAGGAAGAGAAGCCCAUCCAAGCAAGAACUGUGAACCUGGUAGGCCAAAAGAAGCCUCCUCAGCAAAAUGAUGUCAGAGGUAUCCAGCAGCAGUUGUCCAGCUACAGGGAGACGGUGAGGCGGGUGGGGGAGGAGACGCGUCGGCAGACCACCACGGGCCAGCAUCGGGACGACGCGCCCACUUGUGGCAUCUGCCACAAGACCAAAUUCGCUGAUGGCUGUGGCAACCUCUGCUCCUACUGCCAGAUCAAGUUCUGUGCCCGCUGUGGGGGGAGGGUGUCCCUGCGCUCCAACAAUGUGAUGUGGGUGUGUAAUAACUGCCGUAAACAGCAGGAGAUACUCACUAAGCCAGGGGAGUGGUUCUCAGGUACAGGGAAGCCAGGUCUAGGCUCAGGCAUCAGUGACCCGGCCAUGUGUGGCCUGAACCCCAGUGACGAGCAGCUCCGUUCCCUCUCCCAGGUCCCCCUGGGGCCCCACGACGCCAACUGCCCCGGUGACCCAGGACUGGCACCAGGAAUGGACCUCCGCUCACGCAGCGAGCCGCCGAGAAAGCCGGGUGAUCAGAACAGUAAAGGUCGAGGUGAGCGUCGACCGGGUCAUCCCAGACUCCACACCCAGGUGUCUGUGGACCGGGACCAACGGGAGCGAGAGCGGAGGGAGAGCCGGCGGCUGAAUAAGGGCCGCUCUCUGGAACACGACCCUGUGGGAGCGGGGGUCCCCCGAUGGACAGAAGAGGGCUAUCACAUAGACCCAAACGCCCCCCGACAUUUAGCCCAGCCCCAGCCAGGGGAGCCACUGGGGGGCAGGCCCCCUCUACAGCCGCUGGGGCGAGGCAGGGGGGUUGAGAUUGGGUUUGAGGGUGUUGGGAGUGUUGGGGGCCAGCCCGAGGCUAUGCUGGGCCAGAGGACGGUGGAGGGGUGUAUUGGGGAGCCACAGGACCAUGGCCCUCCACAUCUCCAGACCUUAGAACUCAGGGAACCCCCUGGGUCAGCCCCCGUCCCCGAACACGGCCCCAUCCUGCGCCGGUCCAAACGGGAAAAAGCUGAGAGCAUGCUGCGAAACGAUUCGCUCAGCUCAGACCAGUCAGAGUCUCUGCGGCCGCCACCGCCACGGCCCUACAAGUCAAAACGUGGCGGUGCUGGGAAGAGACAGACAUCAGUCAGCAGCUCAGAGGAAGAGGGAGGUACCACGCCAGAGUACAGCAGUUGUGAGGACGCAGAGAUCGAGAGUGUCAGUGAGAGAGUUUUAACACACUCACACAUGGGAAGUGAUUGUAAAAAGUACCGGCUAGCGAGAGCUGCUCAGCCUCUGUCUGCUCUCUUCAUUGUAACAAUCCAAACUCGAGGUUGCAUCUACUUUAUCACAGGGGACUGGGAGUGCUACCCGCUGGACCCCACUGUGUGGCAUCAUCCGGUGACAUGGCAGCCAUCCAAAGAGGGUGACCAUCUAAUCGGCCGAAUCACCCUGAGCAAGAGGAGCGUUAUGCCUAAAGAGGCCGGGGCACUGCUGGGGUUGAAGGUGGUUGGGGGAAGGGUCACAGAGGCGGGCAGACUGGGAGCCUUCAUCACUGUAGUCAAGAAGGGCAGUCUGGCCGACGUCGUGGGACACCUACGAGCAGGGGAUGAGGUUCUGCAGUGGAACGGCAAGAUGUUGCCAGGAGCAACCCAGAAAGAAGUUUACAAUAUCAUUCUCAAUUCCCAAGCAGAACCCCAAGUGGAACUAGUGGUGUCCCGGCCCAUUGGUGAUAUCCCAAGAAUCCCAGACACAUCCCACCCUCCACUAGAAUCUACAGGUUCCAGUUCAUUCGAGUCCCAGAAGAUGGAGCAGCCAUCUAUAUCAGUCAUGUCCCCCACCAGCCCCAGUGCACUAAGAGACCCACAGCUAAUGCCUGGACAGCUCACAAUAUUGCCCGGACAACUUUCAGUGAAGCUGUGGUAUGAUAAGGUGGGACACCAGCUAAUAGUGAACGUGGUCCAGGCAACAGAGCUGCCUCCCCGACCGGAUGGGCGACCUAGAAACCCCUACGUCAAAAUGUACUUCCUGCCGGACCGCAGUGACAAGAGCAAGAGGAGGACUAAGACAGUGAAGAAGAGCGGAGAACCCAUGUGGAACCAGACAUUUGUGUACUCCCACGUCCACCGCAGAGACUUCCGCCAACACAUGCUAGAGCUGACCGUGUGGGACCAGCCUCGCCUACCUGACGAGGAUAGCAUGUUCAUGGGCGAGAUCCUGAUAGAGCUCGAGACAGCCCCAUUGGAUGAUAAGCCUCAUUGGUACAAUCUGCAAACCCACGACGUGUCUUCCAUCCCUCUGCCCCGGCCAUCGCCCUACAUGCCCCGCAGACACCCCCACACCGACACACCCAGCAAGAAGCUGCAGCCAGCCGAAAGAGGCUCGCGGGAGAGGGAGAGGCAGCAGAGGGUUCCCCACGCCACCACUCUGGAGGUGCCGGAGCAGCAGAGGACACCCCAGCAUCGCUCUCGAUCUGUCUCCCCUCACAGAGAGGAACAAGGCAGGGUCCGAUCACGACCCACCAACGUUCCCACCCAGAGGAGUUUGGAUGAUGAGAUCCACCAUAGUAGGAGGUCUAGUUCUCCCACCCGCUACUACGACUCUGCCGGAGGACACUACCAGGAGCAGGACUAUGUAGAUGACAGUGAGGUCAUCUUGAUCCACCAAUCAAUGCGGGGCAAAAGUGCAGAGUGCCUACACACUAAAAGUGAUCUACAGCCUUCUCUUGACAGGGUUAAGACUAGGAGCGCUAGCACCAACUGUCUGAACCCAGAAAGGAACCAUAGUGUUCCUUCACCAGAGCCCAAAAGCUGCUCCCAGUCUCUGCCCCGCAGACGCCCCGCCAGCCCCAGGAUUCUAAUCCAACACGCCUCCCCAGAAGACGACAGAUGGAUGAUGGAGCGUCUAGUUCCUAGACAAGAGACAGUAAACCACCUCAGUGCAAAGAAGAGGCAAACUCGGACCCUGGACUCAUCAACCUGUCACACUCUAGGAAAGAAGCUCCCUGGCAGAGACAGGGGCCCCCUCCAAGGUGGUGCGUCUCUGUCCUCCUCAGUGACGUCCUCGUCAGCAGCUCGCAGGGUCAGACACCUCCCACAGGUCCCCGACAAGAGUAGCAGUCCCGUAGAACAAGCUCUAGCAGCGGAGGAACGUGUUCGUCAGCUCCAGAUGAAGGUGCAGAAGAGGGAUUCCUACAGUUCUGCUGCUCCCUCCACUUCCGGCAGGGACCUGGAGAGGGCGCUUAAGAGCAAACGCGAGCUGUAUAAGGACCAGAGGAGAACCAGCUGUGAGAAUGUAUCCCGCAAGUCUUCAGACAGUGAUGUCAGCGACGUGUCAGCCAUCUCUCGCACCAGCAGUGCCUCCCGCAUCAGUAGUACCAGCUACAUGUCCAUCCAGUCAGAGAGACCCCGGGGACGCUUCAACAAGGCGGUCCGUGCGUCAGGCCAGAGCAUGUUGAAGAGCACCAGCGUGAGCGGUGAGAUCUAUGGCAUUGAGCACACAGACGGCAGCCAAUCAGAUACAGCAUUGGGCGGGGGCAAGAAGCGGCGCUCCAGCCUCAGCCAACGGGUGGUGGCCAUCGUGGGCCUGCCCUCCAGACGCAGCUGCAGCACCUCACAGCUCACCUCCCAGAAAGAAGCAGUGGGGGUGGAUACCAAGAAGAAGGGCAAGAAAAAGAACAAAAUCCAGAUCCAGCGGAGUACAGAGGUGGGUAUGGCUGUAGAGUACCCCCGCCAGGCCAGCAGAGACUCCACCGACGGCAGCAUGAACAGCUACAGCUCUGAGGGGAAUCUAAUCUUCUCGGGGAUGAGGCUGGGGGCUGACAGUCAGUUUAGUGAUUUCCUGGAUGGCCUUGGCCCCGCCCAACUGGUGGGCCGGCAAACAUUAGCCACACCUGCCAUGGGAGAUGUUCAAAUUGGAAUGAUGGAUAAAAAAGGCCAGCUGGAGGUAGAGGUGAUCAGGGCACGUGGCCUUAACCCCAAACCAGGGUCCAGAUCACUCCCAGCUCCCUAUGUCAAGGUGUACCUGCUGGAUAACGGGGCCUGUAAAGCCAAAAAGAAAACCAAGAUUGCACGUAAAACCCUGGAGCCACUCUACCAGCAGGCCCUGCUGUUUGAAGAGAGCCCACAGGGGAAGAUCCUCCAGGUAAUAGUCUGGGGCGACUACGGGCGACUGGACCACAAAUGCUUCAUGGGAGUUGCACAGAUCCUAUUGGAGGAGCUGGACCUCUCUAGCACAGUGAUUGGCUGGUACAAACUGUUUCCCCCUUCCUCAUUGGUGGACCCUACAUUAGCCUCGCUCACACGGCGGGCAUCCCAGACAUCCCUGGACAGCUCAGGACCAGCUAAUAUGCGCUCUUAGUGACCGCAACGCAACCACAACCCCAAAUGGACCACAAAUGACCAGAGUGCAUGACUACAUACCUAGGGCCAAUUUCCCUUGGGGCAAUAGAGCAAAUCAGACAGAGAGAAAAAGAGAUAAAUAGAGAGAGAGAGAAAGGAAGGAAAGGAGAUAGAGAACUAGCCAAUCAGAGCUUACCUGGAUUCUGACAAUCACUUCCCAUGCCUCCUUCCCUUUUCCCACCUUUCUCUGGGCUGCUGGGGCCUUACUCCUGAGUCUCACCUCUUGUAUUCGUCCUCCUCUCUGACAUCUCCUUUCUUUGUCUCCUCUUUGUCCAUUCCUCCUCUCCCGCCGUUGAGUGUGUUAUGGCAGGUGCUCCUGAGAUAGAAGGGACUCAUGCAGCCCAUUCUGUUCGGUGGCACAAGGGAUGUCAGCCCAGGCUUGGUGAAGCCAAUCAGUGAAGAGGUUAUUGUGAGGCCAUAAAGAGCGUGCAGGAGACAAAGAGAAAAGAUUGAUGAUGCCCUGCCGACAGUUGCCCAUCGAAAUGUGUUUCAGCAUUGAUGCCGUCAUGGCGUCACUACAGGUGUCUGUGAGGGUUGGCAUGGUUGCACAAUCUGUUAGGGAAGGGAGUCUGCACAGGUGGAAAAAACACUUGUCCGAAGAUCAAAGCAAGCACAAAAGCUUGAUUAUUUUUUUGGACAAGGAUUGAUUAUGAAAGAGAAAGAAAAACAGAGGCCAAAUUAUGGUUAGAUAUAUUUUAUUCUAUUUGCCUAGAGUUCAGAAAGGCACCAUGUGGUGCAGACUCCCUGUGUGUGUAUUUGGUUUUCGAGUGACGGUGGUCUGCAGACCUGCAGAGGUCUUGUCACACCCCCCUCUCGUCCCGCCCCCGCGAGCGAGGCAGGCGCAGCAUGACUCGGGACCCCGGCCCAAGCUGCAUGCACAUUUUUUUUGUAAAACAAAAGCCAGACAAAUUACUUUAAAAAAAAAAGAGACUAAAUGUGUGUUAGUUCCACAUACUUUAGGCCAGCUUGUAUGUUGCAUGUACUUGUACAGUUUGCUCGUACUGAAUAUGAAUACAAACAGAAAAGCCAUCCGCCAUCCAAGGGCGGACACCGGGGGAAUAAGCUCCGCCCAGGCCACACCUCCAACUCUGGGUACGAAUUUCCAUAUUAGGAAGUCUCCAAAAGCCUUUUUUAUUUUCUUGUGUUCCUUUUGAGCCCUUUGGAGAGCAUUGCUGUAUCAUAGUACUGAGCAAACUGGAACCCCCUAGUUAUCUGAGGAUCUAGGUGCUUUAACAGUAGUCUAUGACAGUGGGGCUAGAAACAGAGGUAGAGAAUGUGUGUAUAAAAAAACAGAGCUUAAUGUAUAUGAAGUAAAAUUAUGACUUGACAGAAAUUAUAAAGAUAUAGAUAUAUGAUUAUCAAAUGAGUGUAUCUGACUACACGCAUUACCUAUGCGCACACACACGUUGUAAAUAUGAGUCAGGGGGAGAAGUUUGACAAUAUUUACACACACACAUACACACACAAACACACACACACACACACACACACACACACACACAAACCGAUCCAAACAUUCCUGGUCCUAUGGAAACAGAUCAGAGCCCCAUGCCCUGUGUUGCGAGAGACGCUGAGCGGUGCCCAACCACAAGAGGGAGCCAACAGGCCUUUCAGUUUCUCGAAAUAGCAGCCAACACCAACAUGACUAUUUGCAACACACUCCAUUUUGUUUCUUUAACCCCCUACUUUAACGCCCUACUUUCUCAUGGUUUGGACUGAACUUUAAAGCCAAUGAAAAUGUUGUUUGCUGACCUUUCAGUUGAACCUCUUGCGGUGCGGCCCACUGCCCUUUCCUUUGUCAGUAUUAAUCCAUGAUACUGAUUGUUUACAGUCCAUGGGUACCCCCCCCCCCCCCCAACACACCAUAUCUAGGAAAGAAGUAUUCACUGCUACAUUUCUUGUUUGUACAACAGAUGUGGCUCUACCGAUGUGUACGUUUUAUAUUCAAGAGUUCAUUUUUAUUAUUUACAAAUAAAAGACUGUGUGGAAGAAAAGGGUGAGAGAAUUGACUCAAA